CAGUCCGAGCUCUCUGGAAUGCACUCCAAACUCUCUGUAUUGAUUCUCUACAUUGACAAGGGAAUUUGCAGGCGAGCGGCAAAGAAAGAAAGAAUUCCGGUUUGUAUGAUUACAGUCGUACGAGUAUGCCGGCGUGCUGGCUUCCCAUUUACGGAGUGGCCCUUUGAAACAGACAUUUAAUGCGGGAAAGCGACAGUUUAAUGCAACUGGGGCAGAAUGAAAUCAUUUCUUGUUAUGCAAUGGCUGGCGUACUGGCCUUAACCAGCUAGGUUACUACGGAGCGGGGUUAAGAUGAAGUUAAAGCUCGAUUUCUUCCCACUGCCACCCUCUGUUUGAAUUUCUUAUAAGGAGCAGGAGAACUGUGACUGUUGUGUGGGAUCAAAUCGCCAGGGGUUUUGAUUGAUUUGCGGUUGUAUAAUGGAGGAAAUCUGGGAUUUGCAGGGCGUUGUGGCGGCAGCUGUUGGCGGAGAUUCGAACCCGCGAUGUCUAGAUGUCUGGGAAAAAACUCCACAGUUCAGUCACCAGAACCAGAGGCAGGUUAAGAGAAGUACUGUCACGGCGACGGCGACAGAGGGUUUAUUUGCAGAGGCGGUGCCGCCUCUCAUGGCGGCGACUGAGCCGAGGUAUAGAGGAGUGCGGCGGCGCCCCUGGGGAAGGUUUGCGGCUGAGAUACGCGACUCUGCAAAGCAUGGCGCCCGGCAAUGGCUGGGGACUUUUGAUACUGCGGUAGAGGCGGCGCUCGCUUACGACCGCGCCGCUUUAGCCAUACGCGGUGAGCGCGCCGUGCUGAAUUUUCCUUUCGGCGCCGCCGGAUCAGCUCCUGCUACGCCGCCGCUGGCGAGGAAGAGGAAACGGACUGAUGAGAGUUUUUCUCUGUUCGCGCCGCCGGCAUGCUCGAAUUCUGGAAGUAGUACGGUGAUCGAGUCGACAGAGGCGGUGAAUGUUUCAGACGGCUCGGCUCCCAUGGCUGGUUUCACCGGCGGAUACCAGUGGCUUUUCAUGCCCUAAUCAUGAGUCGCUCUUUACUCCACAUUUUGAUCGGCGUGGAGAAAUGUUUGGUUGUUUGCGGAUUUUGUAAAAAGAUUUAAACUUAUUUAUUGAAAACGUCAAUAUCUUUAGUCCAUAUUUUUUAUCGUGUUUGUUUUCACGGGGUUUUGUACAGGGAUGUAUAUAUGUUGAAUACAUCAAUAUCUUUACUGCAUAUCUUGAUCGCUGCGGAAAAUUAUGUUGUUUUUCACGGGGUUUUAUACAGGGAUGUAUAUUUGUUGAAUA